GAGUAUAUGGAGAAUAUGGGAGCCAUUUCUGAGGGAGAACUGAGCUCUUUUAGUGUAAUGUAUACUGCUGAGGAGGCUGAAUUUAUGUCCCAGCCACCUAACAACUCUGUAAGCUUGAAAGUUGCAUCAACUUUUUGGCCUUGCCAUGAUUCAACGACUCUGAACAUGGCAGGGUUUGGUGAAGAAGAAGGUUCAUACCAUUAUUCAGAUCUGUCCAAUUCUAAUCUUUACAGUUCUUCACAUUUUAGUGUUGGUUGUUUGAGCCAACAAAGCUACUACAUGAGUGAAUCCAUGUCCAUGGAUUUGUGUAUGGCAGAAGUUGAUAACAGCAGCUCGUUUCUCGUUAAAGGAAAUGACUGCUUGAGCCAAGAAAUGAAUGAUGGGAAUGCAGAAGAAGAGUCUGCUGGAUUUGGAUACAUCCCUGAAGCUGUUUUUCCUGACAAGGAUUCAGACCUCAUAAGAUGUAACAACCCAUCUGAGAAACCUAAGAAAAGAUGUCGGAUUUCAGAAGAUGUCCGAAAGAACACAAGAAUUCAGCAAUCAAUGAAGCUUGCUUCGACUAGCAACAAUGAAGACGAUAGUAAUGCUGACCUUAAUGGGCAAAGCUCAAGCGGCUGCUCCUCGGAGGAUGACUCCAUUAAUGCUUCUCAGAAGCUGAAUGGAAAAACCAAAUCCAGGAGGGGAUCAGCCACUGGUCCUCAGAGCAUUUAUGCAAGGAAAAGAAGGGAGCGAAUAAAGGAAAGGAUGAUAAUUCUGCAGAACCUUGUCCCUAAUGGAACAAAGGUUGAUAUUAGCACAAUGCUUGAGGAAGCUGUCAAUUAUGUGAAGUUUUUACAGCUCCAGAUCAAGCUUUUAAUCUCUGAUGAUCUAUGGAUGUAUGCCCCCAUCGCUUACAAUGGAUUGGACAUUGGGCUUGAUCUGAAAAUUACCCCACUGGGAAAAUUGUAGAAGAUGGCAUUCCAUAGAGUAACAAUACAACGUAGAUGAAAAAGGGGCUUAUUUCUAUCAGCAAUUCUGAAAUCCUAUUAUCAAGGCUCUUAAGGGAAACUGUCAUGAAUAAUCCCUCAAAUCAGGCUAUUUCUAUCAUUUUUCCUUCAUAAUACGACAGACUUUAUGAACAGAACUUCUGUAAUCCUGGCUGGUGGUUCUGGCAAGGCCAACCAAUUAAGAAUCCAAGCCAAAUAGAUGGUUGUAAUUGUCAAUCCAACUGCCAAUAUGACACAAAAAGAACAUGCUUUUGCCAA